AAUUUUUUUUCACUGGUAACAAAACUGUGUCAAACUUUCUAAAAAAUUUUGUUACUCUUCUUACUCCUCCUUUUAAAAGGAUGAUAUUGAUAACAGUUGUAAACAAAAAUAUGUAGAUUUAAAUAAGCAAUAAAACUUUUAUACAAUAAUGGAACGUAGCCGUGUGUUUAAGUAAAUGACGGCGUCAGUGAGUAGUGGCUGUGCUGGUGCAGAUCAGGUAUAGAGUGAGAAGUGAAGAUUUACAGGCUAUUGCUCACCACUGCCACCUAACGCUAUGAACAGCAGUUAUGAGCGGUGUAUUGACCAGGUGUAGAGUGAGCUCGGAGCAACUGGAUUUGCUCUUAUCGUUUAUGGAAGAGCACCGCGAUUUUGCAGCCGGCAAGCAAUCUAUUUACUCUCGCUUUAGUUCGAGCAAGCUGUGGCGUCUGUUAGCCGAGCGGCUUAACGCAGCAGCGGCGGACACGGGGGGUGCACGAAAAUCCCCAGAUAAAUGGUGCAGGUAUUGGGCGGACAUUAAGUACAAGGCCCGAAAGAAGUGUGCAGCGGGUGGAGCUCUGGGAGACCUCUCAAAUGCAGAGGAGCGCCUGCAGAGCAUACUGGGCACACGGCCACCAGAGUCAAGCGGACGCGGCGGCAGCAACUCUGACGAGGAACGCAAGCCGGUGCUCGAGGACGACAUGUACUCGGAGGGGUCUGGAGGUGCGGCGGGUGCGGGGGGCGGCGACCCGCGCCUCGGCACCGAGGAGCUGCUGGCCGAGGCGGCCAUGAGGAGCGCCCUCGCCGCGGAGAAGCAGGCGGAGGCCGUCACACAGGCGGUCGACCUGCUGCGCGACAUAGUGGCGCUGAUGCGCGACCGGACUUACGCGCCGGCGCACGCGCACGCACACGCGCCCGCCGCGCACCUCGCGCAUCCCGGGCACGAGCACGCUAUGGUGAGCUUGCAGCAGCAGCAGCAGCAGCACCACCCGCGCAUCUGACACUACUUCGAACCAGUUCGCUAAUGUAAAAUCCUUUAUCGGGAUUUUUAUUUUAUAUUUUUUUUGUUUGGUUGUACCAUUAAGUAAGUGCAUGUAAUAUAUAUCAUUUGUACAGUUCCUGCAUUAGCGAUUAAUAAAUCACAAUAUAAUAA